UUGUUCUCGAGAAAAAGGCACAUAGACUAGAAGACCUGAAAAGCUGCACUUCUCCUGGUUAGAGAUGGGGAUGAGAGGAGGAGAGGGAUUAGAAUUGGUGUUCUCGAGGCUGGUGUUGCUGCUUGGAUUUCUCUUCUGCGCGGCCGGGUGCAACACUCGGCACUAUGUGUUCAAUGUGGAAGGUGCUCCUUACACUCGAUUGUGCAGCACGAAGAACAUCUUGACCAUUAAUGGGCAGUUUCCAGGCCCAACAAUACGUGCUUUUAGUGGAGAUAGAGUGAUAGUCAAGGUCUACAACCAUGCGGCUGAUAAUAUUACAAUCCAUUGGCAUGGAGUUAAACAGCCAAGAAAUCCUUGGUCAGAUGGUCCGGCAUACAUCACCCAGUGCCCAAUUCAGCCAGGCAAAAUGUUCAAGUACACCAUCUUGCUGUCAAGCGAGGAAGGGACCGUUUGGUGGCAUGCACACGACGAUUGGAAUCGAGCCACAGUUCAUGGAGCCAUUGUUAUCUAUCCCAAACCUCCCAAUUGUUACCCGUUCAAGUACCAUCAGGAAUUCCUCCUCAUACUUGGAGAGUGGUGGAAGAGAGAUAUGAAGGAGAUACUUGAAGAAGCCAUUCAAGCACAAAAUGACCCAGUUUCAGACGCAUUCACAAUCAACGGUCAGCCUGGAGACCUGUAUCCGUGCUCAAAGUCAGGAACCUUCAGAAUGGUGGUGGAGCAAGGGAAGAGGUAUCUCCUUCGUGUUAUCAACGCAGCAAUGAGCAACAGUCUCUUCUUCUCCAUUUCCAAACAUCAGUUGGUGGUCGUUGGCUCUGAUGGCAGCUACGUGAAGCCCAUAACCACAGAUUAUAUCCUGAUAGCCCCUGGGGAAACCAUGGACCUACUCCUAGAAGCCAACCAGAAGCCAACCAAUCUAUACUACAUGGCAGCCCGAGCCUUGGUCUAUCAGAACAUCGCCAACUUCGACAUCAACGCCACCACUGCCAUCUUAACAUACACCAGUAAUUGCCAUAAGAAACCUCCUUCCUUCCCCUCCCUUCCCUUCUAUAAUGACACCGCGGCGGCAACCAACUUCACUUCGAAGCUCCGAAGCCUAGCUGAUGGACACCACCCUAUCAAUGUCCCCACUACUGUUAGCCAUCGUUUGUUCAUUACUGUCUCGUUGAACAGCAUGCGCAAUGAAACAAAAACAACUUUGUCCGCAAGCCUAAACAAUAUAAGCUUCGAGAUCCCCUCGAUCGAUAUACUCCAAGCUUAUUAUAAGAGAAUUAAUGGGGUUUUCGGCAAUAAAUUCCCUUGCAAGCCACCGUUGUACUUCAAUUUCACGGCGGAUGACCCGCCAACGAGCUUGUUGGCGCCGAGGAAGGGGACUGAGGUGAAGGUGUUCGAGUAUGGCGCUUGUGUGGAGGUUGUGUUCCAGGGCACAUCGCUGGUGUUGGCGGAGGACCAUCCCAUGCACCUGCAUGGCUUUAGCUUCUACGUGGUAGGAUGGGGCAUUGGGAACUUUGAUGCGAGGAAGGAUCCUUUGACGUAUAACUUGGUGGAUCCUCCUCUAAAGAACACCAUUGAUGUUCCAAGGGAUGGCUGGGCGGCUAUCAGAUUCAAGGCCAAUAAUCCUGGCGUAUGGUACCUGCAUUGCCACUUGGAGCGCCACCUUACUUGGGGCAUGACUACUGUGUUCAUUGUGAAGGAUGGUGCUCAUCCACAAGCCAAGAUGCUGCCCCCACCUCGUUAUAUGCCUCCAUGCUAGAGAAGCUCAGAUGUUCAUCCUUCCUUGUAGCUUUUUGAUUCGAGAUUCUAACAGGAAACUAGCUUUCUGAGGACUCAAUGUAAUGAUGACUUCUUAAUUUCUAAUUCCAUCUGAUCUAUAUGGGUAAUGUCUCUAAUAUUAAUUAUAAUAUGAGCUUCUCUCAGUUCCCUUUU